CAAUAUCAUUUUUUUAAAUGUUGAUUGAUAUCAGAGAUUAAGAACUACACUUGACUCACUUGUAGUUUCAAGGACAAAGAUAAAGCUUUUACCUAACCUCAACAGGACAAACAUUACAUUGCCUCAAAUAGAGUCAAGAAGUCAGAAAGAAUUGGUUUAGGAAUUUUACAGUAGUAAUUGUUUUUAAAAGCUCUGUAAUCACCUACUUAGAUUUAUAGACAAUGAUUAAAAACAAAAAAUUCAUAUUAUCCAAACAUUUUCAUGGUGAACCUGAAGAAAACAACUUCUCUUUAAUUGAGGAGUUACUACCUGCCAUCAAAGAUGAAGAGAUAUUGUGUGAAGCUUUGUGGUAUAGUGUUGACCCUUAUAUGAGGAUAUAUACUGCUCGUUACCCUGUUGGAAUCACCAUGAUUGGCCUUCAAGUAGCAAAAGUGAUUGAAAGUAAACACAAUAACUAUCAAGUUGGAGACCUUGUGGUGGGCUUCUUUGGGUGGCAGACACACACCAUUGUUGAUAUUUCCCAACCACCUCCUCCAGGACACUUGAAGCCUUACAAAAUACCAAAUUUUGGGGAUCUUCCACUCUCUCUGGCUUUAGGAGUUCUGGGGAGACCAGGAAAUUCAGCGUAUUUUGGCUUUUUGGAAAUUUGUCAACCCAAGAAGGGAGAAGUGGUGGUAGUAUCUGGGGCCGCUGGUGCUGUGGGUAGUCAUGUGGGCCAAAUUGCCCGAAUAAAAGGUUGCAAAGUGAUUGGAUUUGCUGGUUCUGAUAAGAAAGUUAAAUGGCUGAUAAAAGAUCUUGGUUUUGAUCAUGCAUUCAAUUACAAGACAUAUGACAUUGAAUCUGCCUUGAAGGAAGCAGCCCCUGAGGGGAUUGACUGUUAUUUUGACAAUGUGGGUGGAGAAAUAAGCAGCAAGGUUAUCAAUCAUAUGAACACUCAUGGACGAAUUGCAGUAUGUGGUUCCAUAUCAUCAUAUAAUAUGGAUAACGAAAAACCUCAAGCAUCAGUAAUUCAGCCCGCUAUUGUUGGAAAUCAAUUGAAAAUGGAAGGAUUUAUAGUUGCACGUUGGUUGGAUCGUUUCAUGGAAGGCAUUAUGCAAAAUUACGAAUGGGUAAAAAUGGGUAAACUGAAGUAUUUUGAAACAAUUACUGAAGGUUUUGAGAAUCUGCCUCGAGCAUUUAUAGACAUGAUGAAAGGCUGUAAUUUUGGAAAGGCAGUAGUUAGAGCAUAGUUUUCAAAUCUAUGAAAUCUUAAUGAAAUUAGAUAUGUAUGCAAUUAUUAUAAUUUAAUUGCUGCAAUGAAAAUAAUAGUUUUUACUCUGAAAUGGUUUUCUUUCCUUACAAGAUUCAAUGUACCUCUUAAUUUCUUUCUUCUCAAAUGUUCAUAUUCCGUUAAUUUCAAUGUUGCUUAUCAACAACUUGGCCCACAACACUUGCCAUUACAAAAUCCAAAUAAAUUGUUCUUUUAUUUCAUAUAGUUCCAUGCUUUGAAUCCUUCAUAGCUAAUGGAAUUUGUGAUUUAGCUGAAUUCUAUGAAAUUCUGAGCUGCUGAAUAUUAACAGUAGAUUUAAAAUCAGCAGGAUGAAUUGGCAAUAAAUGCUACAAAAGAAAUUUAAUUUAUUGGCACACUAGGAAGAUAUGAAUUCUGUCAGAAUUGCCUUGUUGCAUUGUGUAAUUUUUGGCAUAAGAUGCACUCAGCAAAAAAUAUAUAACUAUGAUUAUAUGGUAUUAAAUAUGGGUUUAUUUGCUUAUAUAAGGAUGGCAUCAAACAUCCUCAGUAUGUAAUUUACUAUGUAGUAUUCAGCAAUUUGUGCGGGAAAUCAUUUUCAGCACUUGUUGCGAUAUACGUUGUGCACUUUCUGAUAUUCCCCCAAGUUUAGGGAAUCAGGUAAGAAAUGCAAGCUCGUCCUUCUCACUGAUUUUUCUUGGCUCCUUGUUUAAUUUAAAUUUCAACUUAUAAUAUAAAGUAGGUAUAAAUCGUAUAUUGCAUUUCCUUGACCUAAUCUUUAAAAACAAAAAUUUCAAGAAGAGUUUAAAAAAUCAUAAAUAACAUAUAAAAUUGUAAAGACAUCCAAACAUCUGUUGAUGAAAGUCCCUGUUGAGCGUGUAUCCCCCUGAGACAAGAUUACUGAGUGCUCGUUAUCAAAGCCUCGACUUCUCGCACAAUUGGACUCUCGCUCUGGGCAAGCAACUAGCACCCCUAGCAGUGCCCAGGAGGAUUGCCGUUUCGAAGGAAACUCGCCCAUUCGGGACACAAUACCUAAAAAUUAGGUGAACUAAUAUCACCUUGGCUCUCUUGACAUAGAAUGUGAAUGGUUUCUCCUCGCGAUGGGGCGAUCUAAAACUGUUGUCCCAUUACAGUCCUCUGAUGAUCUGUUUACAAGAAUAAUUAAUAAGAAUAACAAUUAUCUCUUGUCUCUUCUCGGAUUCAAUGUUGAUGCUUCAUGCUCACAGCAAAGUUGCUACAUUGGUUCACUAUUCGCAACUACAGAGGCACUUCAGACCGAGUUUCAAACCGUGUGCAGGUGUAUCUCCAAUUUCUCACAUUCAUUAUCUGUAACAUUUAUAUCCUUCUAGGACAGAGUGCUUCAACCGAUAAUUUUUUGGUUUGGAUUAACCAAAUGCCCUAGCCGUUCUUGAUAGUCGGGGUGUAAAUGAUCAGUCUUCUCUGGGGCUCUUCCCACACUUGUCCAAGAGGCAGCAUAUUGGAAACGGUAAUAGUCACCACUUGCAAUAAAGAAACCAUAAAUAGUACAAUAUCAGAUAUUUCAAAUUGGUACCGUAAUAACAAAU